AUGGUUGAACCACGACUACAUUUCAGUAUGGGGCAAAGACUGAACAAAUUCGAAGCGAGACUGUUCAACAGCUACACCUAUGCGCCUUUGGCAGAUCCAAGUCGGCACAUUCGCCUGUUGGAGCUGCUUCCUGGGGCCAGCAAUGAAGUUUUCAAAGCUCGCAUCCGCCAGGUUGUCCUCGCUCAGCCAGCACUGUCCACAGGUGCUCCCUCCACAAGACUGAGUCUCGACGAACUUAGAGCAACUCUACCACCUCGUUGGGCUGCCUACGAAGUCCCCGAGGGAAGAUAUCUGUUCAUCAAUGACCAAACAGCCACUACUCACUGGGCACAUCCUGACCCGAACAUUGAUCCAGCGGCGUAUGAGCUCCCGCCAUGCGAGGACAGCUACGAGCCAAAGUAUGAGGCUCUCUCAUAUUCAUGGGGCAAGGGUGGGAAAUCACAGAACAUAGCUGUUCAGGACGAGUUGCCAGAGUCUCCAUGGAGGAAGUUGAGAGUCACAAGGAGUCUUAUGGAGGCACUGCGUCACCUACGCGAUGCCCAACAGCCCCGAGUCCUCUGGAUAGAUGCUAUCUGCAUUAACCAAAACGACGAACGGGAAAAGAGUACGCAGGUACAGCGUAUGUGCGAUAUUUAUCGUUUAGCACAACGAGUGAUCGUUUGGCUAGGGCCCCAGCCCAAAGGCAGUGACAAAGCUUUGGAAACUCUUGCUUAUCUGGGUGCUCAGGUCGAGGUGAGAAGGUUUCAAGGCUCUCCAUGUCCUUCGCCCGACUGCGAACAGAAGCUCUGGUUUGACUCUGAAUACGUUCUUCCUUACGACAAGACGAUAUGGGAUUCGAUUGGCAGUUUACUUUCACGCCCUUGGUUCACUCGAGUGUGGGUUGUGCAGGAACUACAACUCGCCAGACUCCGUCCUGGACCUAUCCUUCAAUGCGGCCUUGACGUAAUUCCUAGUUAUCUCUUCUCUCGGGCAGUCUAUUGUCUGAAGAGGAAACACUUUUUGCCAUCCGAUGAGCUUAGCACCAUCAUAUCGGUAGCGGCCGAUCUAUUCCAGCCCAUGGACCGUUCAUCAGCCGGGAGGGUCCUCAGACAAGCGACCUAUCCGCGCGAAUGCAGAAACCCUCGCGACAAAAUCUACGGCAUGCUCGGGCUAGCACCUCCAAAGUUCAGGGCAAGGAUUGAGCCGGACUAUACUGCAUCGAUCAACGACGUGUACAAAGGCGCCUUUCUGGCCCAUGUUCAGGAAAGCCAACGGUUCGAGCUGCUGUGGGCGUGCCAGUUGUCUAAUACUAACAUCCCCUCUUGGGUCCCGGAUUGGACCCGCGGCCACACGGCUUCGUUUGUACUGCCCGACUGCUGGUCCACUGGCGCAUCACGAGUUCAUGCUACCUACUCGGAGACUAAACCAAAUACACUGCAGGCGGUUGGGCUGUACUGUGCCACAGUAAAUGCUGUCAGCCCCGUGGUUCCGCUCUACAAGGAUGAGCUGCCGAUAGCUGCAGUCCGGUCCUGGGAGCCCUCGAAUCUAGACACGGGAAUCUACAUGCCCACAGGUGACCCAUUGAGAGUAGCGUAUGCUUUGAUGUUGGCAGCUGGCCACAUUCAAGAGCGCUAUCCGAAUUCCUACGAUCCUACACUCGCAGACUGGGUCCAACAAGACUGGCCAGGAGCCCUGUUUGGGACGCGUGCAGACGCACGAAAGAAGUAUCGAAUCAACGAGCUUCACAAGGAGAAUCCCCGGAUCAUCGAUGAAUUCCGGUUUCUCCCCGGCAGACGGGCCUUUGUAACCCACGAGGGCUACAUGGGUCUAGCACCGCGUCAGACCAAAGCCGGAGACGUUGUAGCGAUUCUAUUAGGGGCUUCGAAGCCUCUUAUCCUUCGGGCCUGCGGAGAAUCUUUCCAAAUCGUCGGUGACUGCUAUGUUUACGGGUUGAAUGACGCGAUCAAACUGCUCGGGCCGCUUCCCGCACCAUGGCGCGUCAUCUGCAAUAGUCUGACCACUUCGUAUAGUGAUGAACGGCAUCACUGGAGAUUCUUCAACCCCGAGACCGGAUAUUUCACGGCAGAAGACCCAAGACUAGAACCUCUAAACGGCUGGGACAGGAUUUCUAAAGACCUCGAUGGGGACGAUCCGAUAGAUUAUGACCACUUCAGGAAUACAGAAACUGGUGAGAUCAUCAACUACGAUCCAAGGCUGGAGCCUGAGGCACUUCAAGCCCGAGGAGGAUAUCCUGGCUCUGAGACCUGGAAACCAGCCGACAAAUAUGCACCUGACACCCUUGGCAACGGCCAUCACUCUGCCAAAAUAUCGGGCACAGCUCGCUUACACCACCAUCUAACAUCAUCUUCCCCUGUCCUCGCACAUCUAAAGGGUAUGAGCAGGCCUGUGUGGCGCGGAAUUUCCCGCCAGAUCUCACAAAGUGACCCUGCUUCGGGCCGAAGUCGCCUCAGGUAUCAUGAGAGCAUCGAACAGGGUGUGUCUGGUGGCGGCGCUGGUCAGCACGGCCUGUAA